CCAAAGGUAAAGCAAAAAGCAACACAUCCAUUUCCCACUCCUCUCUGUCUAAAAAAGUACUUUCCGAUCAUCUCUCUCCAAAAUGGCGACUAAUCUCUUCACUUUUGCCCCCACCAGCAUCCGUGCCUGUGCCUCCUCCGCCGACCACAACCGCCGGAAAACCUCCUCCUCCUCCUCCAAUUGGUGGGCCCCGGUCUUCGGAUGGUCCUCUGAACCGGACUACAUCGACUCCGCCAACAAGUCCAACCCUAAAACUCCAGCCGACGGAGUUUCAAAAUCAGAUCCAGAGACGAAAUCGGCGAGAAAUCGAUUUUCCCCCGGCUGCUUCACGGAGUCGAAGGCGCGACAACUUCGCCUGAUGACGAUGGAAACGGAAUCAUUUCACGAUGUUAUGUACCACUCAGCAAUCGCAUCUCGCCUCGCUACCGACUUCAAAAGUCGCGGCGAUUCCUGAUCUCCGCCAGUACCUGCGGCCGCCGAUUCCUCUUAUCUACUACAUGUAAUUAUGUCUAAUUGUAUAAAUUAAUUGUCAAUUCCAAGGAUUAGGAGUUGUAUAGUAUUUUCUUUCCUUUUUCUUAUGGUUCUGGCAUUGUUCUUCCACGAACAAUUAUCGGUUCGAGAGGUGUUUGUCGAAGAAAAAAAUGUUGAAAUAAUAAAUUUGGUAGAUUAGUGACUAACCAUCUGCAAUAUUUUAUGUAUAAACAUCUUUUCAUUUUGGAUA